AUGGGCCGCAACAAUGAUUUCGAGGAACAUGACUACUACCCCAGUCCUCGCCGCUCGGCUCCCGAGUUUGAGGAGGAGUUUCGCCGUCGGGUCGUGACCCGAAGCCCGCCCAGAGAGCGGGGCGUGUCCUUCCUGCGAGAGGAGGCUCGUCGCCCCGAGGCAGGCCCUGUAGUUCUUAGAAGCCGUGAGGUUGAGACCAUCGACAGACAUCGCCGGAGCCCGAGCCCCAGAUACGAAGAGGUGCUCGUCCGCCGCCCGCGAAGUGAGUCGACGCACGCACACGAGCACGAGCGCACCAAGUCGCGCACCAGAUACGUUGAAAAGGAGCGGGUGCGAAAGGUCUCACCUUCCCCCGCCCCCAAGCCCCAGAUGGUUCGCUAUGUCGAGCGGCGCCCCAGAUCGCCCUCCCCGGUACAGCGAGACCGCAUCCGCAUAGUUGACAAGAGGCGCGAGGCGUCGUCGUCGUCAUCCAGCAGCAGCUCGUCUGAGGAGGCCCCGCCUUCCAAGAUCCGUGCGCCCACCAUCGAGAGAGAUGUUAUUACGCACUACCGAGGAAUCGAUCAUGGUGUUGUUAAAGCAGCUCCCCCAAGCCCGCUUCCUCGCCGCCGUUCAUUCGUCCGGGAACGGGAAACUGAUAUCGACAUUUCAUUAUCAAAGAACCGAACAGCCGUCGACGUGACCACCAGAGACCGCAAUCGAUCCAGGAGCCGCGAGCGCCGAUCAGGCAAGGACGAGCUCGUAGUGUACAAGGAAAAAGCCCGGCCUCGCGCCCACUCGGCUGGCCCUCUCCACACCCCAAUCGACGAGGAGGGCGAGUUCCUGUCGUCCAAGAUUGACUCGCGAGGACGCAUGGGCGAGGCAUGGCAUGGGGCCACAAAGGACUGGACGAUUGUCGACGUCCCUCCUGGCACCGAGCGCGUGCGCAUGGACGGCGUCGGUGGCGGAUCUACUGAUACCCAGUGGUCCAAGUACAGCGGCGUCAGGCGAACGCAAUUCAUCCCCGAAAGGGACGGCGACCCCAUUCCCCGCAAACCGUCGCCGGAGAAGAAGGACAAGGUCUACGAGCGUGAGCGGGAGGUUGAUUUCGAGCGCACCGUCGAUGUCGUCAGAACCAAGACGCCGCAACCCAAGAGGGAGAUGUGGACUGAGAUUAGCAAAGACUUGGUUUCCAGGAGUGCAAUCGAGUACAUGGGCUACGAGUACGAAGACAGCCCUGGAUUUUUCUACAUUAUGGACUACCUCAAAUAUGACGACGUGCUUCAGCUCACAGAGUUGUCGGAGGAUAUCCGCCGACACCGAGAAGACCGGGUUCGUGAGCUCGAGUGGGACCGCGAGUCUCGCCGUCAACAUCACCACUCACACCAUGCCCAUCACUACCACACCCAUCCCUACGAGGCAUGGGAUGAAGAGCAUGUCAGGGAACGCGAGAUUAUUUACGAAAACGGACGCCCGGUCCGUGAGAUCAUCCGAUGA